GACGAAAAGGAGUUCUACAUCAAGAAGAGCUACCGCGAGGACACGUACCAGCUGCUGAAGCACAUGAAGAUCUCUGGGUCGCUCGACAAGGGCACCCCGCGCAUGGAGAGGUGGCAGAAGCGCAUCAAGGAGGAGAUGGACGACUGGCUCGCCCUCUACCGCCGGCAGGAGAUGUCCGUGGGCAGGCAGAGCUACUACACCUUGUACUCCGCCAUCAACACCAUGGCUUCUCACAUCGUGUCCUACGGCCACACACCGGCUCGAGCUCCGCAGCGCCUGCGGCACAGGGUCGGGGCGCCUGACACCACGUCGGCUCUCACUGUCCGCAACGCUCGAACUGCUCUAAACGAGGGGCCUGUUCUAAAUGAGCGGUCUGAUGUCCAGCAGUCGCGGCGUCACGGAGCAAGGUCCGUACCAGGCCGACGGAACGAUGUUGGUCGUCAAGAACUGUUUUUUGGAGCUGGUGGACAUCUGUGCUGGGCUCAACCACAGCAAAAGCGACGGAUAUUUGGGACGUGCGAUUGGGACGUGCACUACGCGGGCGGAUGCGGUCCAAGAUGCGCGCGACAAUUCUUCGGCG